GUGCCCCUCCCGGGACAGGGGCAGGCGGAGCGGGGCGGGGGCGAGGGGGUCGGAGCCGGCGAGGCGUGAUCGCCCGAGGCCCCUCCUGCCUGCAGGGAAGCCUUAAAACACCCCGGCGAGGCGCAGAGCCCCGCACUCGGGAACCCCGACCCACGGGCAGAAAGAAGCGCCUCUCUGAGCCGAGAGCCGCUCCGCUGCAGCUGCCGCCAUGCAGGGCACCGUGAGACUGUGGGUGUCGGUGCUGACUUUCACCCUGUCGCUGCUGGUCUGCCUGGGGACGCUGGCAGAGGCGUACCCUUCCAAACCGGACAGCCCCGGCGAGGACGCUCCCGCAGAGGACAUGGCCAGAUACUACUCGGCGCUGAGGCACUACAUCAACCUCAUCACCAGGCAGAGAUAUGGAAAGAGAUCAAGCCCAGAGACACUGAUCUCAGACCUCUUGUUGAGGGAAAGCACAGAAAAUGUUCCUAGAUCCAGGUUUGAAGACCCUUCGAUGUGGUGAUGGGAUUUUCAGCACCCCGUCAAAACUUUUCCUAGGUUUCAGUUCAUACAGCACACCUAUGAAGCAAAUCGUAGCAUCAUUCCCAGUGCAUGCAACCAUUGUACUGAAUUCUGUAGAGUUUUUCCUUCAUCAUAUUUGUAUAUACCUUUAUUUAAAUAAAUUAUUGUGCAUUCCAAAAUAUAAUAUCCUAAAUGAAAACAGCCAACUGUGUCGUUGGUAUAGCAAAGAGUUGUUUUAAAUGCUUAAAACUGAAUUAUAAUCUCCCUGCAGUCUAAUGUAUUAUGGUCAACAAUAGUGUCACAGUUAUUAUAGUAAUUAGUGUGCAAAGUAAUUAAGAUAUCAUUUAUUGUGGCCUCAAAGUCAGCUCAGCUGCUUGAUUUAUGCAAAACUGUUUAAAAUAAUUUAUCAUAGACUACAUAAACUAGGAAAAUAGUGUUCUGAGAGGUGAUUUUUCAGAAUGACCAGACUAAAAACUUACUUAGUACUUACAUUGACGAAUGAAUUAAGAUUAAUAGCAUUUUGAAAUUACAAAGGAAUAAGUCACUGCUUAAUUCUGCUAACUCCUCAAAACUGGUUUGAAGCUUGGCUGUAAGCAUGAGUUAUGAAUUUUAAAUGAAACAGAUGUAACAUCUUUGUUUUGGCAAUAUGCAAAGCAGCAGAAAAUAUCUAAAGUAAUUCAUAAACCAAGACAAAUCUACAGCUAUUUGUGCCAGCAAAAAUAUGUCUAACAUUGCCAAAGGCCUUGUAAAAGAGCACACUGAUAAAUCACAACUCUUUGAGUACCUGCAA